UAAAAACAUUUCACAGUCUGUCCGCUAUGUGUCUUCAGUCGGACGCAAUUAAGUACAAUAAGAACCUUGAUUCUCCUUCUGUAAUUUAAUGUUUCUAGCUUGAUAGGGCCCUACCACUACACUAUGCUUCCAUAUUGAUUGCAUCUGUUCUGUGACUUGUCUUGGAUAGCUUUAAAACUAUUUAGAAUCUCUUUAUGAAAUCAUGUACCGCCAUCUCCCUAAAGUCUUCAUUUGUUCAGCACCUUUUAAAAGUCACUCUUUUAGACUCGUGAGGUCAAGGCUGUCUGCCUGUUUGAGAUGGUUAUCUACCGGCUCACUCAUAGGUCCAGACAACAUAGUCCGCAGUCACUUGCCGGACAUCAACCUACCUACCAAUGUCCCAUUUCACCAGUUCAUGUUUGAGAAAUGUGACCAAUACAAGAAUCUAGUGGCUGUGGAAGACUAUUUAAGUGGUCAGAAAUACAGUUUCGGUCAGUUGAAAGAGAAGUCCAUGAGAGUGGCUAGUGGUCUCCAUCGCUUGGGUUAUUGCAAAGGGGACGUCAUGGCGGUGUAUUCCUGCAACCAGAUCGACUACACUGUAUUACUAUUGGCCUGUGCUGCUACUGGCCUUUGGUUCAGUGCUGUCAAUCCUUCAUCUACACCAGAUGAACUCAGACGACAUAUAGUUCACAGUGGAUCUAAAGCUGUGUUUGCGACGCCCAAUUGUGUUGCCAGCGUUUCAAAAGCUUUAAAACUUGUCAAGCCCCAGGAGAGUCAUGUCAAAGAUCUUAUUGUGUUUGGGGAAGCUGAAGGAUUUCGACCGUUUCAGACUUUACUGGAUGACGAUGGUCGAAUGUUUCCAGACGUGGAUAUUAAUCCAGUGGAGGAUGUUUUUAUUUUACCUUACUCUAGCGGUACAACUGGAUUACCUAAAGGUGUUAUGUUAACACAUUAUAACUGUAUGGCCAACUGUCUACAGAUUGCUUCCAGCAUCCCCACAACGCCUGAUGAUCGGGCUCUUGGUCUUCUGCCCAUGUUUCAUAUUUACGGAAUGGUCGUAGUCCAGUUGUCUGUCAUCCUAGGUGGCGCGUCAGUCGUAUACUUACCAAAGUUUGUACCAGAAACCUUUCUGCAAUGUCUGCAAGAUAAACAUAUUAGUCUGGCACAUCUAGUUCCUCCGCUUGUGUUGUUUUUAUCCAAAAUGCCUAGUGUCAGUCAAUAUAAUUUAAAAUCUCUAAAAAGAGUGAUUUGCGGAGCUGCCCCUCUUGGAGUCGAAGUGACUUUGGAGCUUCUAAAGAAACUGGACCAUGGCAUUACUGUGAAUCAAGCCGCUGGCAUGACGGAGCUGUCACCAGUAUUCACCAUUGACACGACAAGUACACCUGGGUCAGCGGGACACUUUGUGGUCAACACUCUUGGAAAGAUUGUAGAUACAGACACACAUGAACCAUUAGGAACUGGAGGUGUUGGGGAAAUCUGUGUGAAAGGUCCUCAAAUAAUGAAAGGCUAUUUCAAAGAUAAACAGACAACAGAUUCAAUCAUUGACCCCGAUGGAUGGAUGCACACAGGUGAUAUCGGCCAUGUCUCUCCAGAUGGACUUCUUUACAUUCAAGACAGACUGAAAGAACUCAUCAAAUAUAAAGGCUUUGCGGUGGCUCCUGCUGAGUUAGAAGCCUUGCUGUUGGGUCAUCCAGAUGUCCAGGACGUGGCGGUCUUGGGAGUGCCCAGUGAGGAAUGUGGGGAACUACCUAAAGCGUUUGUGGUCAAGAAACCAGGGUCAAAGGUCCAAGAGCAUGAACUGGUGAAGUAUAUUGAAGAUCGAACCGCCUAUAUAAAUAGACUACGAGGUGGUGUCCAGUUCAUUGAGGCCAUACCAAAAAGUCCAAGUGGAAAAAUACUGCGGAGAGUUUUAAGACAGACGUUUUUGUAAAGUUGGUUGAAUGUUUAGCAUUGGUGGGAAAAUGUUUUUCUAAUAUGUUUUAAAGAUUUUGUUGUUUUUUAAUUUUAAAAAGAAAAUACAAAGUUGAAGAGUU